AUGCGCUCUGGACUCGCAGAUGACAUCCAACAGAUCGACGAUGCUCGAAAGACAGCGGUCAUAGACAGGGAACUCUCAAGGCUGGGCAAUGACAUCGCCUGCCUGCAAGAGACUCGUCUGGCUGACAGCGACAUCCCCCGUUCUCGACACUGGUACCAGCUCGACCUUGUCAUCACCAGGCGUGAAGACCUAAGGAUCGUUCUUCACACUGGGAGCUUCCACAGCGCAGACUGCGACACGGACCACUCCCUAGUAGGCUGCAAAGUGAGACUGACAGCCAAGAGAAUAGACUGCUCCAAAACCAAGGGCCUCCCUCUCAUCAACAGCUGUCGCGCCAAUGACCCUGGGAGCUCUCGCCGCUUCCAAACCACCUUUAGCGCGAAGGUCGACACAUCCUCCUUCAGUGCCACUGACAUCGACAGUAGAUGGCACCACCUCUGUGAUGCAAUAUACACCUCAGCCCUUACUGCGUUCGUGAAGAAGGAUCGUCGAAAUGCGGGCUGGUACGAAGCUCACUGGGAUGAGAUGAAGCCGGUCUCUGAAGCCAAGAGACAGGCACUUCUGGCCUACAAGCAUAACCCUUGCGUCAAUACCCGCGAUGCCCUCAGAGUUGCUCGUAGCAGGGCGCAACAGACUGCACGCGGCUGCGCCAACAACUACUGGCUGAACCUGUGCAGCACGAUCCAGACGUCUGCCGACAGUGGAAACGCAAGAGGCAUGUACACCGGCAUCAAAACCGCCACAGGCAUCACUCCUAUUACGACGGCUCCGCUGAAGUCCAAGACAGGAGAGGUCAUUACGGACCGGGGCAAGCAGCUGGAGCGCUGGGUGGAACACUACCUGGAGCUGUAUGAAACCCAGAACAUGGUAACAGAUGCCGCCCUGGAUGCCUUGCCUAGUCUCCCAGUCAUGGAGGAGUUGGAUGCUCCGUCCUCUGCGGAGGAACACGGAAAAGCCAUCGACUGUCUCUCCUGCGGGAGGGCCCCUGGGAGGGACGGGAUCCCAUCAGAGUUUCUGAAGAGUGGCAAGCCGGCUCUGUUGAAUAACUCCACGAGGUCCUGUACCUGUACUGGGAGAAGGACCACGCCCUCCGAGACAUGCGAGAUGCCAACAUUGUCACCCUCAGCGUCGUCGGGAAAGUCUUUGCCCGCAUCAUCUUGCCACGCCUGCAGAGUCUCACCUCCCGAGAAGAAUACUUCUAGAACUCAUUCCAUAGCGAUGGCAGAUGGACUGGAGGUGACUGUUUACAAAAGAAUCCACUAUUUUACUGGCUGUUUGUAUGAUAAACAAAGCUCCCGAAGUUCUUCCCUUUAUACUUCCCCCUCAUUAUUUCCUUACUGUCUCUCUCUAAUUCCUGAUAUCUCUCUUAAUCAUCCUUCAGAACUUUUAAACUAUGUCUGUACGUUCAUAAUUACGUCGCCAGUAAUAUGA